UUGACAGUUAAUCCAGGUUUUGAUUUCUACCAAUAUCAUGUAGAAGAAAGCUAGUGUCAAAAUGUUUCAUUAUGAUUAUUAUUCAACUACGAAGCCAUAUGAAAUAAAACAUCAUCAGAGUGUUCUUUCGUUAAAUAGACUAAUUACUGAAACUGAAAAAUUAUCAGUUUCUGAAGAAUUGUUAAUUUGGUCUGAAAAAAAUACAUUGGCAUAUCUUAAUCUUAUUGACUACAGAGAAAAAAUCAAGUCAUCAGAAAUAGUUCCGUGGAAUGAGCUUCCCUGUAAAGAAGAGCAAAUAUUGAUGUAUACCCAAACAAUUGUUUUCUCAUAUUAUAAAAUAACAAUGUUGCAAAAAAUAUUAUUAGAAAAUAAUACCAUCUUGCUUUCCCAAUUGAUUCAAAAGUUGCUUACCGUUUGUAAUCUUUACAGUAAUAUUCUUACUUCGGAUAAAAAGAUUAGUCUUUACCUCGAUGUGAUCAGAAAUUUAAAUCGUAAGCGUUUUUAUCAUCCUACUUCUGUUUUGAAUAUGUGGAAUGUAUUGUGUGGAAAUUCUGAUGAAGCAAAAUUUUAUGUUAUUGGCUAUUUUCUCAAUAAAAGUGAUGACACAGAUAUGUUGUUUUAUAUUUUGGAAAUUGCUCAAGCUGUAAAAUUUAAUUUUUGGGGAAUGUGGUUCAAAAAGAAUGAAGAAGACUAUUUGUGCUUUUGUCCUGUUACUGCUGCUUUAUUGCAAGGAAAUGCAAACCAACUUGCUGUGCUUUUGCUGUAUGGAUUUGAACAAAAUCAUGGCAGAGUGGCAAUUUAUGACGAAUAUUAUAAAGGCGAGAUUUAUUCUAAGUUUAAAGCACCAUUAGAAGAAAGAAAUCCCAGCAGAAGAGCAAUUUUAACUGAAAUUUUGUUGUUUCUGCUGUUGAUUCAGAAAGAACAAAGUGGACCUAAGUUCAGAUCUCUUAUAGAAUGCUUCCGCCGUGUAUGGAACAUAAAUGCAGUUCCGUUUGUCACCGAAUCGGAGUUGAUGGAUGAAAUUCACCGUCGGUUCCCAUACCCCAUUAGACAACAAAGUUCCCGCUUGUUUCCUCACACUGCCCCACAGUUUAUAGAUCUUGUCGAAAACUAUUACAAGUUUAUAAAGCCUGAAGAUGUCCCAGAAGUCGUCCAUCCUAGAAGUCUCCAACAACUUUGCAAGUGUUCCAUCAGAAAGAUACUUACAAGAUCAUAUAAAAUGCCAGAAGGAAUUGCAAGGCUAGCUAUACCGGAAAAAUUGCGAAAAUUUUUAAAGAUGUAAUAGUGUGACGGCGUUAUCAUUUAUUUACUUAAUUUAUUUUUUAUUAAUGUGCCACGGAUGACGAUUUAAGCAAUGCAUUUUUUAUUAUUUAUAAGUACAAAUGUUCACGGGUAUAUUUACAGACAAAUAAUUGGCAUGACAACAAUUGAAUUUGUGAUGUAGAAGUUGCUUAUAUUUUAGUUUUAUAUACAUUUUUUUAUGCUUAUUUAGUUAAUAUAUACAUUUUGUGAUUGUAAAUGUGAGUUGUCUUAUUCUUUGGAAAGCAGUCAAAUGGAUUUUCAAAUGAUAUUUCUUUGUAUUCAUUCCAUUUACAGGUUCUUUUACUUUCAGUAUUUGUGUAAAUACCAGCAAGGCAUGGCAGCAGCAUUCCAGAUUCUUGAAGCAUUCUGAUUUUGCCUGCACAGAUGGGAAAAUUCUUAGUGAAAUAUGAACAAGUUAAAAAUAUGUUUAAAACAGAGUCAACAUUUUAAAUAUAAUUCGAAUAUAAUGGAUUUCAAUCGUAAUUUCUUUUCCGGAUAUUUUCAACUUCCACAUUUUUUUUUUCUCGACACCGAAUUAAAUAAAAAGUUAGUAUAAUAAUCUUAAAAAAUUUAAACUCUAAAUUUUGAUGGCUCUCGACGUUUAGGUCUUUCUGAAUCUGAAAAUACAUUUUUGAAACUGUAACUGUCAGCCUGUGAUUAGUGUAGCUCAAAAGCACUUUGAGCUACACUAAAUUUAUAGAUUUCUAUCAAAUUUUUGAACGAAAUUCAUUCAGAGAAAUCCGGCUAUUAGAGUAUACAAGUAUACGCGGUAACUACAAAAAGAAAGGGAGCUAAAUUUAUGAAAUUUAGAGCAUAGAUUAAGUGUAGAUGUAUCUAAAUGUGUAGAUGUAUAUUGUAGUGUAGAUGUGUGUAAAAAGUGUAGAUGUAUAUUGUAGUGUAGAUGUGUGUAAAAAGUGUAGAUCUUAUUGAAAGUGUAAGUAUCUAAAGUGUAGAUGUAUAUUGAAUUUGGAACCAAAUCCAUCAAGGAAUUGAUCAUCUGUUUGACUUUUUCGUUUAGUGCAUGUUAAUACGGUAAUUCAAAAAUACAACAGCUUAGGUAUGUGAAAAUGGAUAUGUAAUUUUGUGGUAAAAAUUAUCUCUGUCAAGUUUCGGUGUCAGUUGAUUGAAAAGAUGUCCAAAAUACAUGCUCGAUUUUCUAUGAAAUGCAAAACUCUCAUCUUUUGGUAAACAUCGCAAAGAAGGGUGUUCUCUACCUGUGUUGUUAUUCUUCCGCUUUGCUCCGGUUUCUUUGAGCCUGAGCCAAGAUCCUCGAUUUUCAUUCGGAAGAUAAUUCAUACUUGAAGGUAUUAUCUUCCGACUGAAUAUCUAAAGGUAUUAUCCUCUUAUUAUUUAUUAUGGAUUUUGCGAAAAUAUUUUCGGAAGGCCUCUCCUUCUAGUUAUUUAUGUUUCCAAAUAGCUAUGUACUUCAGCUACUUGAAAAUCACUUGCACGAGGCGCGUAGCGUCAUGAAAAGUGCUUAAAUUUGAAUAUCAUUAUUAAACACUUUAAAAGGUACUUAAUUUUCUCGAAAAAUGCGAAGGAAGAUUUUUGUUUUUGUUUCCCCACACGUAGAAAAGCAUUCGAAAGUAUAGUCACUUAUUUAAUUGAUGCAUCAAGAAAGUAAACCAACAAAAGGGAAAAAUUCGGAGGAGGAAUUCCAAGGUGAUAUAAGUGCAGGGGCUCCGACUCAUGUUAAGACUUGAUUUGUUUGGGGUUUUCUGGCGCAAGAGCCAUGAUGUUGAUUAGUCAUCGAAGGGAAUACGAGGAAAGACUCUAAAAUGUAAUCAAGAUUUAAAUAAAUGGAUAAAACUUUAUAGAUUUUAAAAAUAGUAAGAACUGGACAUGAGAUAUUUUACCAAGCAAGAAAGAUAAUGAGGUCCAAGACUUUUGAAAAAACUGUUAAUAGUCUCAUUAAAAUUUGGUCAUUCUGAAAAUAUGUAUGUUGGACAGACAUUUGACAAUGACAUCGCGAACACAGUGGUGGUUGUUCACCUAGCAACAAAUGAAGAUGGGUGAAUCUAGUAUGUCUAACGCAAACGAGUUAAAAUAGUGAUUUCUGUUCGCUAAUGAGGGAGGGCCAAGGUUGCACAUGGGAUUUGAUAACAUAAAGUUUGCUGCUUUUCUCUAGGCCCCACUGCCUCUACCAUUUAGAAUAAGAAGCAUUUUAAUAUGUUUCUUUAUGUCGCUCACAGGAAUAGUAGUAGGGAUUGAAGUAGUCGCCAAUUUGGCAGCCUUACUCAUAUUAAGAUAGCACUGCAUGAGUCUUACCAUCCCCACCCCCUUGCUCCCUCUUUUUGUGCAUUACCGUUUGUUGAAAUACUGGAAUAGUUAUCCGGAAGCGGCAGAACGAAAUGCAUAUUGAGUUAUACUUGUUGCAAUUCGAAAAACGUCGAAUUUCAGUUUUUAGUGUUUUGGAUGUUGAAGAAUUUAUUUAAGUUGUACCUGAUGUUUAAAAGUAUAUGUGUUAUAAAGUAUAUGUAUAUGUGUUAUAAGUAUAUGUGAUGUUUAAAAGUAUAUUAUAUGUGUUAAAGAAGAACACGCAGAUUGGUCCGAUCAACGGAAAAUAAGAAUACAGCAUCAUGAAUUUGGUUCGCGUAGCUGUGCGUCGAGUCCUGGUGUUUAUUGUAGAAGAGCAUUAAGCCAUGUAAGGAGUAACGAAUCAUGUAGUAGUGAGUCGGCAGCUGAAUGCUGUCUGGCCGCUUUGUGUGCUGUGGUUGUUAUUACCAUUGAUUACUACUUGUGGUCUGUUGUGUGCUGCCUAUAUUCGUCUCGGCUGUAUAUUUGUUGUCUGCCUAUUCUUGUCUUCGUGUUUA